GCGGCAACGUCGAGCGGUUCACUAACUUUAAGUUCGCAUAUGCUAGUCAUCCAGUAAUCGCAAGAUCAUUGCCGACGAUUACAAUCGCAUUCGCGUCAUAUUACCAGGUUUUCGUUUGACACUAUAUAGCCGUCGUUUUUCGGGGUCGUUGAGCCAGUACAGAACUGUAAUUGCUGGCGAAAUGAGCACCCUGGCAUUGUUUGCUUUCGUCCUUUGGGCACUUUUCCUACGCUACCUUCCAAAGAUCCUGAAUUUCCUGCGACUUCAGAGAUUCGCAAAGACACUGCCGGGUCCUACGAUUGGCGAACUGAUUGCCAAUGUUAAGAAAGGCGAGAUCCUCAACUGGCUGAAGGAGCUGCGUGAGAAGCAUGGCUCAGUUUUUCGCAUUUGGUUCGGCAAGGAUCUGAUGGUGAUGUUCUCGGAUCCGGAGGACAUUAAGCAGCUGCUGGGCAACAAUCAACUGCUGACCAAGUCAAGGAACUAUGAGCUAUUAGAGCCCUGGCUGGGCAAGGGUCUGCUGACCAAUGGAGGCGAGUCCUGGCAUCGUCGUAGGAAGUUGCUUACUCCAGGCUUCCACUUCCGCAUUCUUGGCGAGUUCAAGGAGCCCAUGGAGGAGAACUGCCGCAUCUUAGUGCGUCGUCUGAAGACCAAGGCCGAUGGCGAAUCCUUCGACAUCUAUCCCUACAUCACCCUGUUCGCCCUGGACGCCAUCUGUGAAACGGCCAUGGGCAUCAAGAAGCACGCCCAGCUGCAAAGCGACUCGGAAUACGUGCAAGCCGUUCAAUCAAUCUGUCGAGUGAUGCACAAGCAGAGCUUCUCAUUCUGGCAGCGUCUUAAUGUCUUCUUUAAGCACACGAAGCCAGGCAAGGAGCGCGAGGCAGCUCUGAAGGUCCUUCACGAUGAGACCAACCGGGUGAUCAAGCAGCGCAGAGAGCAGCUAAUCCAAGAGCGCAACGAAUCUCGUCCAGAAGCGGACCAGGAUGACAUUGGUGUCAAGCGACGAUUGGCCUUCCUUGACAUGCUGCUGCUCAGCCAAAUGGAGGGCGGCGCUGAGCUCAGCGACACGGAUAUCCGCGAGGAAGUAGACACCUUCAUGUUCGAAGGUCACGACACCACCAGCUCAGCCAUUGCCUUUGCCCUAAGUUUGCUGUCCAAGAAUCCAGAAGUUCAGCAGCGUGCUUUCGAGGAGGCCUGCGAACUGGAGGGCAGUGAGAAGGAAUCGAUGCCCUAUUUGGAGGCCGUGAUCAAGGAGACACUGCGCAUCUAUCCCUCUGUGCCGUUCUUCUCGAGGAAAGUUCUCGAGGAUCUGCAGGUGGGCAAGUUGACGGUGCGCAAGGGUGCCUCGAUUAGCUGUCUCAUCUAUAUGCUUCAUCGUGAUCCCAAUAACUUCCCUGAUCCAGAGAGAUUCAAUCCGGAUAGGUUCUUGUAUAACGAAAAGCAAAUGCAUCCAUUCGCCUUUGCAGCUUUCAGUGCUGGCCCAAGGAAUUGUAUAGGCCAAAAGUUUGCCAUGCUGGAGCUGAAGACCUCUCUGUCCAUGCUGCUGCGGAGCUAUCGCUUUUUGGCCGACGAAGACCACCAGCCAAAGCCAUUGGCCGAGUUGGUAACGAAAAGUGGCAAUGGAAUCAGACUUCGGAUUCUCCCACGUGAUUAGAACGGAACCUCAACAUAUUAUUAUCUUGCAUAUAAUUUAUAGUUUAAUAGACUCCAUUAUGUCUAGAUUAAGUUAAGUAUUUAGUAAAUAGUAGAAAACA